CGGGUCUCACUUUCGUGAGAUGACGCAGUCCGCGUUUUGGUCUUCGUUUAUUUUGCAUCGCAUGCUAUCCCGUUCAGUUGUCAGACGACGCGCGCAGCGGAAUUCGCCAUCUCGCUCGUACGUCGCGAUUCGCGCGAGAGAGCGGCCACGGUUUGCUCUCAGCAGCACCCCCGACAGCAGCAAGCAAACGCAAACGAACGGCGACGACGAUUCAGAAAAUGCAAAUGGCGAACGGUGGCGGAACGUAGUGAUUUUCUGCGCUGGAAAAGUUUUCGUCCGAAAGUGUCUAUCGCGCGAUGUAUUAGCGGGAAAUUUCUGUGUCAAGUUCGGAAUAAAGUGUCCCGGCUUAACGGAACGGUGAAGUACGCCGGAUUAGUGGCCGCCAGCGGGAAGAAAACCCGGGAUCGAGACGCGCUGGUGUUGGCCCCAGUUUUGGAACAAACUGUUUUUUCAUUCCUGCGGCGGGCGCAGAGUUGAAAAUUUUCCUUCCCGAUUGUGGGUUGAUUCAGUGAUAUCUGUUGGGUGUAUUUUGUUGUUCUAAAAGCACUGCGAUUUCGGAUAAAAAGGAUUUUGAAUGCAAGUGGUGGAAUAAUCGUGAAGAAAAAGAUACGAUUUGCUGAUCUGAAAAUUUUUUCGCGCUCCCCCAAAGCCGCAGCAAAGGAGGAAAAUAAAGCGUCCGCUCUCUACGUCGUUCCGUUGUCGAUCUUUACAUCCAAUGAACAACCAUGAACGAUAUCAGUACCAACAAUAAGGAAACGGUUCUCCCUGCUCCUUCAGCCUGGGAACAGCUGACUAAUCCAGCUCUAGCUGAACAGCAUCAACAGCAGCAACAACAACAACAACAGCACCUUCAGCAUCAGCACCAUGUAUCCCAUGUUGCGCCGCCACCACACAUGCAACAACAAGUUCAACAUGUGCUACCACCCCCGCAGCAAAACCAGCAGCCACAGGCGCAACAUGUCCACCACCAUCAGCAACCCCAUUCGCAUCCUCAAAUGCAGCACCAUGGCCACCCUCAGCAGGGGCCACCCCCUCUACAACACCCUCUAAUCCAAUCGCCCCACCCGCACCAAACACCCCAGCAUCAAGCCACGAGCCCAACCUCGACGGCGGCACCGCCAAUGACCCCGACUAAAACAACUCCUCCGGAUAUGUCGCACACCCCGCAAACAACGCCCGGUCCCAAUCAAACUCCCGGACCAAGUUACUCCGAAGAACUCCAUCCGGAGUUGGUCAACCAGGGUUGGCGAAAGUUCUGGUCAAAACGGGAGGGGCGUCCCUAUUUCUGGAACAAACUCACUGGGGAAUCUCUCUGGGAACCGCCGAUGCUCAAUCGGGGUAACCAACAGUUCGAUCCGCUUACCGAUCCCCUCGGUAUAUGCCAUACGGGCCAGAAUGGUCCUACACCCCAGCAACAGAACAACAACGCUCUCAAACGGAGAGCAUCGGAGGACACACAGAAUCAUCACCAGAAUCAGCAAAGCACUGGUGCCCCUCCUCCGUUGAAAAAAUACAUUCUACCCGGUCCUUGGGACUUGGAGAUCCCGACUAACGUAGUUAUGUACGAUCGCAUUCCAACGAUGUAUCCCCAUCCGUACCCGGAAGUGGAAGCGAUGCGAGGACUCUUCACCAUGCGAUUGUACAAAACGUACGAAGAUCUCUGUACUAAGAGAGAAGCCAUCAACCCUCCUGCCGGAUCUUUCAAUCGCUGGCUUAUGGAGCGUAAAAUAAUUGACCGCGGAUGCGAUCCGAUGCUUCCGAGUGAAUGUGCACCGGAGAUCUCACAGCAAAUGUACCGAGAAAUUAUACGGGACAUUCCAAUCAAAAUCGUGAAGCCAAAAUAUACCGGCGACUCACGGAAGCAGCUGUCCAAGUAUUGCGACGCGGCGAAGAAGAUUGUCGAGCGAACGUCGGCCUCUGUCGAGAGCAAGAAGGUGGUCAAGUGGAAUGCAGAGGAAACCUACGAAUGGUUGAGGAAGACGGUGGGCGCAAGCUAUGAGGACUUCCAGGACCGUUUGCAGCACCUGCGGCGGCAGUGUGAACCGCACAUCAUCGAAACGGUCCGGAACAGUGUGGAGACACUGUGCCUGAAGAUCUAUUCCCUGUCCAAGCAGCACGUGAAAGCGAUACGAGAUCGGCACAGUCAGAUACUGAAGGAAAGCGGCAUACAGGAGCUGACGCAACCGCUGCAGCCGCCGCUGAUGCGGAAGGUGUGGUGCUAUCCGAUCCAGUUCGCCAUCCCAUCGCCUCGGAUGCCCCAGAUCGAUUACAACACCGAUCGGGACCACAUGACCAUCAAGUACACGCAUGCCUCCAUUCAUGGGUCCGACACGCACACGAUCAACAGCUCGCAUUUGCAGAAGUUGGAACAACUCUACCGAUACAAUUGUUUCGACGAUAAAAAGUUUGACUUCUUCAUUGGACGAGUGUACUGUAUGUUGAAACGGUACUCCACAUUCUUGUGCAACGUGAGCCCGAACCAACAGGAACCGGAACUCACCCAGGCGGCGCUGCCAGCUGUGGUUUUCGAGUGUCUCCAUCAGCACUUCGGUGUGACUUUCGAAUGUUUCGCUAGUCCAUUGAAUUGCUAUUUCCGACAGUACUGCUCCGCUUUCGGCGACACCGAUUCCUACUUUGGCUCCCGAGGAUCGUUCCUGGAGUUCAAACCCGUGUCCGGAUCGUUCCAGGUGAAUCCGCCCUACUGCGAAGAGCUGAUCGAUGCCACACUGCACCAUAUUGACCGAUUGCUGACGGACUCUACGGAUCCUUUAAGUUUCAUCGUGUUUCUGCAAGAAUGGAAGGAUCCGCCCUUGCAGUGUCUGUCCAAAAUUGAGGAUAGUCAUUUCAAGCGGAAACAGGUUGUGGUGAUGGGCAUGGAGCACGAAUAUCGCCAUGGCCUGCAGCACUGCAUACCAAGAUCGGACGUCAAUUUCAAGAGCAUCCACGGCACCAUGGUAGUGUGGCUGCAGAACAACGCCGGCUUCCAACGAUGGGGCCCCACCGAAGCCCGAGUGGACGCUCUGCUGGAAGCCUUCCGACCCGGACGAGAGCGCGAACGAGACAAAGUUGUACCUGCUAGCACUGGGACGGCCACGGCCAGCAGCCCACCUGAGGCACCGGCCAACAGUGAACCUGGUUCCACAACUCCCAAGACCCCACAACAGACCCCACCAGCUUAGGGAUCGAAUUUCAUCUCGUUAAACAAACGACACGUUGAUAAUGGGAUCAUGCACUAGAACAAAAUAACACUUAGACGAAAAUAUCAAUGUAUCCAGUCAGAUUCACCCAGUUUUACUCUGCACCAAUAACAAGAUUAAACACAAGAACAUAUAGUGACAAAUAAUAAGCAGCUUAUUAUUCACCGUAAAGUCUAACAUGUUGACGAUCCCGUGAGAGGCUGCACUGAGGAAUUUUUAAAUUCAAACCAAUUCAGUCAAGAAAUUGUAUUUUAGUCCUGAGAGCGUAAAAUAGCAAAAUCAAACACAAGCCCAACUAGUGGAUAUUAAUCCUUUAAUCCAAUAUAUCGUUCAUACGUCGUAUACAUAGUAGUCUAAUCUCAAAAAAGGAGGAAACCGAUUCUCUCGUGCUCUUCAUUGUUGAUUCUUUUUAAAAAUCGAACAUUAUUGUACGUGCCCAAGAAGAAGGCAGACUAGAAAAAAAAAACUCUCUUCUCAUCAUCUUGUAAUAUAAAUUAGUUUAUCUAGGUGGCAUAAUGCUAUUGUAUAUGUAUUUAAAAGAACACAAACCUAGGAAAAAUGACAUCGUGUUUGAGUAGGAAGCGACGGUGCACAAUCUUGAAGGAAAAUCAAAUCUGAAUGAAGUCAGAACCUGCUGAGCAAGUAUGUUUGUGGUGUAAUUGUAUGGUGUUUUAGUAGGAAAGAUUACUUUUCGGUCCACGAAGGGUAGUCGUUUUGCGAGAGGAGUCCUAUUAUAUAGAUGUGGCAAUUUGUUAUUUGUUUUCAAAACAUUGUGGAGAUUUUUUAAUAUUAUUUUGAGGUCUUUAUUUUAUAUUAAAAUAUUAGCUCGCGGAAGCGCGGAUAUAUUUUGUUUGUUUAGUGACGGCGACCGAUAAGAAUAGGUGUAGUAAAUUAGGACAUAACUAUAACAACAACAAAAUAAUUAUGAACGAAGAGCACACAACCCGACGCGCGUGACCAAGUGAAAAAAAAACAGCAAAUCAGAAUCCUUUGAGCUUAAUUGUUCUUAAACGAGAAGCUCGGUUAUCUUUGUUCUCGAUUUCAGGAAUUAUUUUCUAAUGGUUUUUUCGAUGUAGUAAUAGUUGUACCCCCCUGUUAAGACAUUAUUUGAUGUACAAAGCUAUAAACCAUAAUAAUGUGGACAUUAUUCGAGCGUUAAGAAAAUAUACUAAAAAGUAUCGGAAAUGAGA